CUCCCGCUCGCCCCGUAAAGUUUGUUUUCAAACCUUGUAAACCCGGUUUCCAUCAGUGCGGCCGGAGAAUCGCAUUCAUUAGCCAGGCUGACUUGGGAGAAAAGAAAAGCUACCUUUGUGUACAUAAUGAGAGCCACCGCGUGGCCGCGGGUAACCGCCGGGAAAGAACGCUCUGGCCUCGAGCCGCCGUGGGUUGGGCUUAGCGGACCCGAGGCGGGUUCCGUGGGGUGGACCCUGAAGCCGCUGUCCAAGUUAGCAAACAAAAUGACAAGGCAGUCACCGCCGGGUCCGGACCCGGCUCCUGCCACUCACUCGGUCCAGCUCCUCCUCCCCGAGUCUGUUCUCCCUCCUCUCCCGAGUCCCCGGCGGAUGUGAGCCACCAAUCCCAGCCACAAACACCAAAAACCCAGAGCGAGGCGGCCCUCAACCGGCGGCUGGGCCCUCCGUGGCCCCCUCCCGCACCACAUGAGUCCCGCACCGGGGCGCAGCAGCUGAGUCAUCCCCUGCCGGGUCCCGGAAAGCGCUGCGCCAGGGCGGUUUGCAGAGGGGGCUUGCCAGCCGUUGGGUUCUCCCUGGACACUGUCGUGCAACCGCCUCCUGCGCUGAUGCCCGCGUGUGCUCACUUAGGGAGCACUCUGCAAACCACAGGAUUUAGGGAAGGGGGAGGGUCAUUUUAAGGUUCCUGCCUGCUUACUGUGACUCUUCCUCCAGUUGGUUCAUUUUGGAAAAACCACCCAAGCUUCUUUUUUGACUCGGGGUUUUAACGCGCUCCUCGGAGGGGGCGCGGCGGAGGCUUGCUUUAAUUUCCAACAUAAUCAUAAACAGGUUCCAAAGUCUAGCGGGUCAUCCUGUGGCCGCCUUACUGUGGCUCGGCUUUAACCUUGUUUUUACGGGUCUGUCUCCUCCUGCCGGAUCUCCACCGAGGUCACAAAACCAGAACAGCCACAAAGCCGAAACUGGAGACAGACACCGGCGGUGACGUCGCUGCUCAGCUUAUUUACGUUUGGGGUUUUUCCCCCCCUCUAUGGGGAAAGUCUUCUGUGACAUGUGACAGUUGCUUUUCUUUGCUUUUUUUUUUUUUUUUUUUUUUUUUUUUUUUAAACAACCGGGCAUAGGUGAAAACUAGACCCAGAAGUGCGGGCGUGCGCGUCUCGAAGUCAGCCAUAACAGCAUCUGGCUUGUAUUUGGGGAGGGGACGAUUCUCGAUUCUUCGUUCAACUCUUUGGAGCUCCCCUCUCAAGCAAAAUAAACCAAUAGGAAUGAGUGUUUAUUUAAUGGCUAGUUUCUGUUUGAAAUACUGAAGGGUGUCCUCUGGUGGGAUAUUAGCACACAAAGUAGACACUGUUUACUGAAACAGAUGAGCAGUCCCGGCGUAGUCCCCCAUCUUUUUAAAAAGGCGCGUGGGGGUGGGGGAGUCGCAGUGGGGCACACGCGCGCUCUGGCCGUCCCCCUAGCCCAGACGUUUAAAGAGCAUGUGAGCAUGACAAGUGUCUAUUCGCAACGUGUUAGAUUUCGAAACUGCCUUGCAAUCCAAUCCGGAACUCAGAGCUUUAGCCCGGGGGAAUAGACAUUUGCCCACGGUGACUAUGUCUGCCUCCCCCCACCCCCACUGUCGCUGUUGGCAGAAGAGUCCACGAGGAGGAGGGUGCGCUGUGCCGCGCCCGCGUGUCAAUGGCAGCUGCGCCUUCUGGAAGAAGUUGAUUCUUGUCUGGAAUACUUUUCCUUCGGUGCCCCACCCCUUGAAUCAGAAGCUGCUGCCUCCGGCGGCUGGAGCAGAGACAGUGAAGUUUGGGGCAGCUGUCAAAAACAAGGAUGGGGGUGUCUUUUCUUCUCUGGGGUGGACAGAGGAGAUGUCCUUAAACCUCUCUCCAUCCUUUACAAACUAAAUGCACUCUUCGCUAGCCCGGGGAGGAAAGGCCCCAAAAGAGAAACCAGUGUGGCCGCUGAGAGCUGAGGGAUGGAGAUGGUGCUCUCGCCACGGGCAGGCAGGCAUGACCCUGCUUCUGGGUUCCGCCAGCGCGUAGAGGGACGGGUGAUCUCGGCCCCCAGGCCCAGGGUUGUGGAGCUGGAAGGUGCGGGGGAGGGGCAGAGGAGCGCGGCGGGGCGGGCGGGGGACGGGGCGGGCGGUUGGGGGCGGAGGCAGGACCUCCUGUACCUUCCCUCUGCUCUCUCACUCUGACAGCGCCGAGGUGCGCCGAGUGGAGCGGGAAACAAAGGAGCUGAGUAGGGAGGGAGGGAAUUGGGCCAGGGAGAACCCCCGGCUGGCUGCCAGAAGAUCCCGACUGGAGGAAGCCCAAGUGUCACUUGAAUUCCAACCCAGAAGCCAGCGCCUGAGACCGGAGCACCUUGUUUAGCAAUAGUGGUUGGAACACUCUCUUGUAAGUUACCGGAGCACUAGUAUAGGAGGAGGAUCAUCGACUACCCUCCCGCCACUCCACGGCUGCUGGCUCCUAGAAACCCCAGCUUCACCUCUCACUGGGACUCGAGUUCCAGAAUGAAAAGCAAGAAGGACCUAGACCGCGACUGCAGUUCCAACGGAACACGGUUAUAGCAGCUGCCGCCAAACACGCUUCCUCACGGGGUUUCUCCGCGCUUCCUACCUUAGAGAGUUGGGUGGAUGUUAUUCUGUGAGAGACCCCGAAACAUACGGAACUCAUGAAGACCCCGGGUCUUGUUGCAGCAUCUGGCAGUGACUCUGAGGAUGAAGACAGCAUGGACAGUCCCCUGGACCUUUCCUCAUCAGCAGCCUCUGGCAAGAGAAGGAGGAGAGGCAAUCUGCCCAAGGAGUCAGUCCAGAUUCUGCGAGACUGGCUGUAUGAACACAGAUACAACGCCUAUCCCUCAGAGCAAGAGAAAGCACUGCUGUCCCAGCAGACACACCUGUCCACACUACAGGUCUGUAACUGGUUCAUCAACGCCCGCCGCAGGCUCCUUCCUGACAUGCUGAGAAAGGAUGGCAAAGAUCCAAAUCAGUUCACGAUUUCCCGCCGUGGGGCCAAGAUUUCAGAAGCUAGCUCUAUUGAAGCUGCAAUGGGUAUCAAAAACUUCAUGCCAACUCUAGAAGAGAGCCCAUUUCAUUCCUGCGUAGUUGGACCCAACCCAACCCUAGGGAGACCAGUGUCUCCCAAACCUCCCUCCCCAGGAUCCAUUUUGGCUCGCCCGUCAGUGAUCUGCCAUACCACUGUGACUGCAUUGAAGGAUGGGCCUUUCUCUCUCUGUCAGCCGAUUGGUGUGGGACAGAGUACAGAUGUACCGCAAAUAGCACCCAGCAACUUUACAGACACCUCUCUCGUGUACCCAGAGGACACUUGCAAAUCUGGACCCAGUCCAAACCCUCAGAGUGGUCUUUUCAACACUCCUCCCCCUACUCCACCAGACCUCAACCAGGAUUUUAGUGGAUUCCAGCUUCUAGUGGAUGUUGCACUCAAACGAGCGGCAGAGAUGGAGCUUCAGGCCAAACUCACAGCUUAACCGUUUUUUCAAACAAAACAGUUCUCCAAAAUACGGUCCUGAUUGCCGGGGGUGAUGGCAAGAGAUGCAUUAUUUUAUAUAUUUUUCUAUUAAUAUUUGCACAUGGGAUUGCUCAGACGAAGCUUCCUGUUACUAAGAUGUCUUAAGUGGAAUAGAGUCAUUCCAAGAACUACAAACUAAAGCUACUGUAGAAACAAAGGGUUUUCUUUUCGAAUGUUUCUUGGUAGUUUCUCAUAAUGUGAGACGGUUCCCAGUAUCAUGUGAUCUUCUCCUCCAGACUCCUCUUCUUUAUGUUCCAAGACUGUGCAAUACUUUAGACGCCCUCGCACCUCUCUCUUCCCAUGUGGAAUGGGACGCCCACCUACAGUCUAAUGAGUAAACUUUCAGUUUUUUGUUUGUUUGUUUUUUUUUAGAUUCAAGCAAGUAUGAAUCUAGUUGUUGGAUACCUUUUUUCAUGAUGUAAUAAAGUAUUUUCUUUAAAAGUUA